CACCCCUGAGGGGAAGCCGUGAGGGCGUCCAAGAUGGCGGCGGGGUGAGGCGGCGGCGAUGGCGGCGAUGUCCGGGCCGGAGGAGCGCGAUACCGGCGGCGGCCCCGCCGCUCCUUCCGCUCCUUCCUCAGCCGUUCCCGGUCCAGCAGCCGCGGCCGCUUUGGGAGGAGGCGGCGAAAGCGGCGGCGCGGAAGAAGCGGCGGCGCUGCUGUUGGAGGCGGGCGCCGAUGCCGACGCGCCGCCCAAGAAGCGGCUGAGGGCGGCCGGGAGCGGCGGCGGCGGCGCGGAGGGGGCGGCGGGCAGCGUGAAGCUGGAGGAGCGUCUCUACUCCGUGCUCUGCUGUACCGUGUGCCUCGACCUGCCCAAGGCUUCCGUCUAUCAGUGCACCAACGGUCUGAUGUGCGCCGGCUGCUUCAUCCAUCUCCUGGCCGACUCCAGGCUGAAGGAGGAGCAGGCCACCUGUCCCAACUGUCGCUGCGAGAUCUCCAAGAGCCUCUGCUGCCGCAACCUGGCCGUGGAGAAGGCGGUCAGCGAGCUGCCGGCCGAGUGCGGCUUCUGCGCCCGCCAGUUCCCCCGCUCCCUGCUCGAGCGCCACCAGAAGGAGGAGUGCCAGGACAGGGUGACGCAGUGCAAGUACAAGCGCAUCGGGUGUCCCUGGCAGGGCCCCUUCCACGAGCUGUCGGUGCACGAGGCCGAGUGCUCCCACCCCACCAAGACGGGCAACGAGCUGAUGGACAUCCUGGACGAGAUGGACCAAACGCGCAAGAAGGAGAUGCAGCUCUACAACAGCAUCUUCAGCCUGCUCAGCUUCGAGAAGAUCGGCUACACCGGUAGGGAGCUCCACCACGAGUCCACCAGAAUUCCAGGGGUUCCUGGGAUCUUCUGAAGGUCUUAUGGAGUU